UAGACAACUGUCCAAUUGAAUAGCAAUGAGCUACCACAUCCACCCUGCCACUUGCUCUACACUGUCUUGUUUUUAAUUUUUAUGGUGGUGGCCCUUUUUUCCCAACCAUAUCAUCCAGCAUGCUUUUAUUAAUUCAUUCACAGUACGUACCCCAAAGCCUUUAUUUUUUUUCCUUUAUAUACGCAUACAUACAUUUAUAUGCAUGCCAAUAUUCUUGCAUCUUUUUUGCAUAAACAAACUCGAUCGAUCAUCAAGUCUUAUUUUGGCCACACCCCUGCAAUGGCUGCUGCAUUCUACUCUACGAGCUGCCUUAUAAUUUUGGCCCUAUUUUUGGGCACGUCGAUUCAUAUUCGAGUGGAGGGUCGUGCAUUUUUCGUGUUUGGGGACUCUUUGGUAGAUAGUGGAAACAACAACUACUUGGCUACUACGGCUCGUGCGGAUGCACCACCUUAUGGUAUCGAUUUUCCUUCACGCAGGGCAACCGGCCGUUUUUCCAAUGGCCUUAAUAUCCCUGAUCUUAUCAGUGAGAGCAUUGGGGCGAGCGAGUCACCUCUGCCGUACUUGAGUCCAGCACUGAAUGGGCUAAGAUUACUUGUCGGAGCCAACUUUGCAUCCGCCGGCGUUGGCAUUCUAAAUGACACCGGAGUUCAAUUUGUGAACAUUAUCAGAAUCGGGCAGCAAUUACAGUAUUUCCAACAAUAUCAGCGUAGAGUGAGUGCGCUUAUAGGAGUCGAUGAGACCCAAAGAUUGGUCAACCAAGCUUUGGUUCUCAUUACUUUGGGAGGGAACGAUUUUGUCAACAACUAUUAUUUGGUUCCCUUCUCCGCACGCUCCCGCCAAUUGGCUAUUCCGAAUUAUGUUCCGUAUCUCAUCUCCGAAUACCGCAAGAUAUUAUUGAGACUUUAUGAAUUGGGGGCACGAAGGGUUUUGGUGACUGGUACCGGACCACUCGGGUGCGUCCCAGCAGAACUGGCGAUGCGAAGCAGAAAUGGGGAAUGCUCGCAAGAACUCCAACAAGCGGCUGCCCUUUUCAACCCACAGCUCAAUCAAAUGCUGCUAGGCCUCAACAGCGAACUCGGAGAUAAUGUCUUUAUUGCGGCCAAUACACAAAUUACGCAUUAUGAUUUCAUCAACAAUCCUCAAGACUUUGGAUUUGUUACAUCAAAGGUAGCAUGUUGUGGGCAAGGACCUUACAAUGGACUUGGACUUUGCACACAACUGUCCAAUUUGUGCCCUAACAGAGAUAUUUAUGCCUUUUGGGAUCCCUUCCAUCCUUCUGAAAGGGCCAAUAGACUUAUUGUUCAACAAAUCAUGUCAGGCUCAUUGGACUACAUGAACCCCAUGAAUCUCAGCACCAUUUUGGCCUUAGAUUCUCAAACGUAGAUGUGUACCGUCUCAUUUUUCACUUGAUUUUGGAUUAAGAUCGAUCGCAAAUUUUUAUCAAGUGCAACUCAUUAAGAAUUGUGUGUGUUUUCAGUAAAGAUCAUUUAUUGUAUUAAUUUGUUUGAUGCUUUUAUAUAUCCCACGAUGUUUAUCUGCUAAUUCGAUUGAUUUUUUUUAGCAUCAUAUAGUAUUCAUGGUACCACACACUACAAGAAAAUGAUGAAAUUUUAGUAGAAAUAUAUUCGUGGAAUUCAAA